AUGAGUUGCGAGGGUGGGGUGGGGGUGCAGGUGCGAGUGGUGCGGGUGCCGUGGGUUGCGGCGGUGGCGGUGAGGGUGUGGGGGGAGGUUGGGGGCAGGGUGGGCGAGUGGGAAGGGGUGGAGCUGGGGGUGGGAGUUGCGGCGUGGGUUGGGGUGGGUGGGGUGACAGUGAAGGUAGGGAGAGUGGCUGGGUUUGGCGGUGGGGGUUGGAGACUUAAGAUGCAGGAUGGCGGUGAGGGUGGGGGAGAGUGGGGAGGGGUGGAGCCGGGGCUGUGGAUGGUGGCGUGGGUUGGUGGGGAGUGGGGGACUGGGGAUGGGCGGGGUUGGUGGGGAGUGGGGGUGGGGUUGGUGGUAGAUGUGCGAGUGGUGUUGUGGAUUGCGAGGGUAUCAGUGAGGGAGCGGGGUCGGGGUUCGAGUGGUGUUGUGGGUUGCGACGGUUGCGAUGGGGGUGGUGGUGGGGGUUGCGACGGUAGCGGUGUGGAUGGUGGUGGGUGUAGAGGUGCAAGUGGUGCGGGUGCCAUGGGUUACUUGGGUGGCGGUGAGGGUGCGGAGUGGGAGUGGGGGUGGAGUGGGCUAGUGGGGAGGUGUGGAGCUGGGGGUUGGGGUGGCGGUGAGAGUGGGGAGGGAUGGAGCUGGGGCUAUGGGUGGCGGCGUGGGUUGGUGAUAAGAAAAAAACAAACAACGGGAUAG